CAUGAAACUUCCGUCAGAAAAGUCAGCGAAGGUCAAAAACCUAUAAAUAGAACCCCUUCAUUUCGCUGCUGUUCAAAGGAUGACUUGUCACUGUUUGUAAUCUCUCUCUCCUUCUUUUUUUUUUUGAGAAAUCCAAUUGUGGCCAUUUGAAUUUGUUAUCUCUCUCUCCUUCUGGGAACGCGCUCGCUGAAAUUUUCUCGGGAAAAGAAUAAAGGUGCUUUCCAGAUUCUCGGAUAAUCGGCGACGAGUCGAUUUUAAUCGAAUCUAUUUCUAUUCCACCUACUCGAUUGAUUCUAUCGCUUCACGGAUUUUGAACUCCGAGGUUCUUUGCUUUCAUGCAAAUGAAAGGGUAACCAAAGGUGGUUUGGGAUUGGUUUAAGUUCAGUAUGAAUCCUUGAGAGAUAUUUGCUUGGCAAAGAUGUGAAUUACAAAACCUUUGUUUUAGAGUUCCUGAAUCCGUGCAGGGAACUUGGUCUCUUUUUAAAGUACACGGAAGAAGAUUAAAAGGUUUGAGUUUCCAGCUCUGGAGGAUUUAGAAAGAAGCUGUAUAGUUUGGUAUGUCAUUUGCUAGUGUAGCUCUAUGUCCAGCCUUGGAAGAAUUUGUCAACUUCCCACGGUUUGGUUUGAACUUAGACGACCCAAUCCUGAUAUUCCUUAACAUCGCCGAAUCUCUGAACCCGAUGCGGGUCAUGGAGUCAGAUUCUCUUGCGUCCGUGAAGCUGACGAUUCAGAGUAUCAAGGGAUUUUUUGUGAAGAAGCAGAAGCUGCUCUACGAUGGUCGAGAGCUAGCUCGAGAUUACGUUCUCGCGAACGAGAAGCUGUUGCGUUUGGUUAUUAAGCUUUCUGAUCUCCAAGCCAUGACCCUUGGUGGUAAGGCGAUUGAGCUCUUUCUUGAGAGGAGUAGAAGCGUUGGUUACGUGAAGCAGAAGUUAACCGAGCUCGGGAGUAGUGCAUUGUAUGAUGGACUCACGUUGGAUGGUGAAGAGCUAGAUGAUGACCAGAGACUCGUCACUGAUCUCUGUAAAAACGGAGAGAAUGUGAUUCACUUGCUGAUUAAAAAUCCAUCUAAAGAUUUCUUUGUGGAGCCUCUUGUUGUUAACCGUGAGAUUGAACUGCCUUCACUGCUCAAAGAGCUUAUCAGCUCAACUAUAGAUGGCUUGGAGAAAGGAAACGCCCCUAUCAAAUCAUCUGAUGGGUCAGGGGGAGCUUACUUCAUGCAAGACCAAUCCGGACACAAGUAUGUAUCCGUCUUCAAACCAAUAGACGAGGAGCCAAUGGCCGUGAACAAUCCACACGGACAACCUCUUUCAGUCGACGGGGAAGGACUAAAGAAAGGCACACAAGUUGGUGAAGGAGCUUUUAGAGAAGUAGCAGCGUACAUUUUGGACUACCCCAUGACCGGACCACGAACUUUUCCUAAUGACCAACCCGGUUUCUCUGGAGUUCCACCAACAGCAAUGGUCAAAUGUUUGCACAAAGACUUCAACCAUCCCAAUGGUUAUAGUUUCUCUCAAGAGAACGCGAAGAUUGGUUCGUUGCAGAUGUUUGUGAGCAACGUUGGAACUUGUGAAGAUAUGGGAUACGGAGUCUUCCCUGUUGAUCAGGUUCACAAGAUAUCGGUUCUGGACAUUAGGCUUGCUAAUGCAGAUCGUCAUGGUGGUAACAUUUUGGUUAGCCGAGAUGGAAAUGAUGGUCAGAUUGUGCUUACACCAAUCGACCACGGCUAUUGCUUUCCAAAUAAGUUUGAAGACUGCACAUUUGAGUGGCUAUACUGGCCUCAAGCAAAAGAGCCAUACUCUUCACAGACACUUGAAUACAUUAAAACCUUGGACGCUGAGCAAGACAUAGAACUUCUGAGGUUCCACGGUUGGGAGAUUCCGCCUUCAUGCGCCCGUGUCUUCCGCAUCUCCACCAUGCUUCUCAAGAAAGGUGCUGCGAAGGGUCUCACACCUUUUGCCAUUGGAAGCAUAAUGUGCAGGGAAACACUCGAGAAAGAAUCUGUGAUCGAACGAAUCAUCUGUGAUGCUGAAGCAAUGGUGUCCCCAGAGACGACCGAAGAGGAGUUUAUAAGCACAGUCUCUGCUAUUAUGGAUCGAUGCCUCGACCAGUAUUCUCUGAACUGAAAAUAUCACAACCCCAAGAUUCCACUCAUGACUGUAUAUUCGGUGUCCAUAACAAUAAAUAAGCGUCACGCUCUUUGGACUCAAUCUUAGCUUUUGGAAACAGUGAUUUGGUAAUGAUGAUUGGGUUUAUAGAAUCGUCAUGCUUCUGUGGUUUGUUGGGUUUGAUAACCUUCAUGUGUUACUUAUUUCAGUUCUGGAUGAUGAACAAGUCUUUUACAUAUAAAUAUAUUAUACUACGGUUUCAAAAUACCAUAGUGGAUGAUGAACAAGUCACUUACAUAUUUACUAUACCACGGGUUCAAAAUUUGUCGCAAUUCAUAUAUGUUAAUAUUAUUUGACUC